AUGUCAGCCGACGCAAUGCAGGUGGCCACAACGUUGAGUGAAACACUCGAGCCAGAUGCGCAAACAAGACGUAAAGCUGAGGAUAAUCUGAAGCAGUUGGAGAGAGUGCCCGGUUUUGGUAUUGUCCUCAUGCAGUUGACAGUAAGCGAACAGUCUCCACCAGCAAUCCGUUUAGCAGCUGCGGUUGCGAUGAAAAAUUUCGUGAAAGCAAGCUGGAAUAAAGAAAAAUGUGAAGUGGAAAUUGGUGAAGAAGAACGAAAACAGUUGAGAGCGGCCGCCUUGGAAUGCAUGUUCAUGGCAACGGGUAACAUUCGAAAGCAGCUAUCGCAAGUGGUUUGUAUAAUGGGCAGUUAUGAUUUUCCGGGUGAAUGGCCUGAACUGAUCAGUGUGUUGAGCGGAUAUCUGAGUGGAGAGGAUUUGGAUAAACUCGUAGCAACAUUGUCGACGAUGGAUGAGCUGUUCAGACACUAUCGACACGAAAUGAAAUCAACCAAAUUGUGGAGUGAACUGGCUUUUGUGUUGCAGCAUGUGGCUGCACCGUUGACGGAACUCUUUAAAAGAAUGAUCGAAUAUAUCCAACAAAAAGAUUCGAUGCCCAUCGAUCAGUGUCAAAUAUGGUUGGAUGUGCUCAUGUUGAUCACUAAGAAUUUUCACUCGCUCAAUUCACAAGAUUUGCCCGAGUACUUCGAGGUUGUUUUGCAAUUAAUUUAUUCAGUUAUUUGCUCGAUAUUGUUAUUAUUAUUAUUGUUUUGA